CGCGCCGCCAGCCGCCGCGGCUGCAGCCUCCGAAGGGAGGCCGGGGGAGCCGGCGUGCGCACUUUCCCGCGGACUUUCGGAGUGUUUGUGGAUUUACAUGCCAAGCCAUCAAGAUGAUGUCCAUGAACAGCAAGCAGCCUCACUUUGCCAUGCAUCCCACCCUCCCUGAGCACAAGUACCCGUCGCUGCACUCCAGCUCCGAGGCCAUCCGGCGGGCCUGCCUGCCCACGCCGCCGCUGCAGAGCAACCUCUUCGCCAGCCUAGACGAAACGCUGCUGGCGCGGGCCGAGGCGCUGGCGGCGGUGGACAUCGCCGUGUCCCAGGGCAAGAGCCACCCGUUCAAGCCGGAUGCCACGUACCACACGAUGAACAGCGUGCCAUGCACGUCCACGUCCACCGUGCCGCUGGCGCAUCACCACCACCACCACCAUCACCACCAGGCGCUCGAGCCCGGUGACCUGCUGGACCACAUCUCGUCGCCCUCGCUCGCGCUCAUGGCCGGCGCGGGCGGCGCGGGCGCGGCGGGCGGCGGCGGCGGCGCCCACGACGGCCCGGGGGGCGGAGGCGGCCCGGGGGGCGGCGGCGGCCCAGGCGGUGGCGGCCCCGGGGGCGGCGGCGGCCCGGGCGGCGGCGGCCCGGGGGGCGGCGGCGGGGGCCCGGGCGGCGGGCUGCUGGGCGGCUCGGCGCAUCCGCAUCCGCACAUGCACGGCCUGGGCCACCUGUCGCACCCGGCGGCGGCGGCCGCCAUGAACAUGCCGUCGGGGCUGCCGCACCCCGGGCUGGUGGCGGCGGCGGCGCACCACGGCGCGGCAGCGGCGGCGGCGGCGGCGGCGGCGGCCGGGCAGGUGGCGGCGGCGUCGGCGGCGGCGGCAGUGGUGGGCGCGGCGGGCCUGGCGUCCAUCUGCGACUCGGACACGGACCCGCGCGAGCUCGAGGCGUUCGCCGAGCGCUUCAAGCAGCGGCGCAUCAAGCUGGGUGUGACGCAGGCCGACGUGGGCUCGGCGCUGGCCAACCUCAAGAUCCCGGGCGUGGGCUCGCUCAGCCAGAGCACCAUCUGCAGGUUCGAGUCGCUCACGCUCUCGCACAACAACAUGAUCGCGCUCAAGCCCAUCCUGCAGGCGUGGCUGGAGGAAGCCGAGGGCGCGCAGCGCGAGAAAAUGAACAAGCCCGAGCUCUUCAACGGUGGCGAGAAGAAGCGCAAGCGGACUUCCAUCGCCGCGCCCGAGAAGCGCUCGCUCGAGGCCUACUUCGCCGUACAGCCCCGGCCCUCGUCCGAGAAGAUCGCCGCCAUCGCCGAGAAACUGGACCUCAAAAAGAACGUGGUGCGGGUGUGGUUUUGCAACCAGAGACAGAAGCAGAAGCGGAUGAAAUUCUCCGCCACUUACUGA